CGACGAUUAGCAACAAUGGUCAAGUUCAUCGUAGUUCUCGCCGCUCUUGUCGCUGUAGCUUACAGCUCAGUGAUACCAGUUGUCAAAGUAGACGGUGACUCUUCCAGCUUCUCUUAUGAUGUAGCCGACCCAAACACAGGAGACUACAAGAGUCAAGUGGAGACUCGCGUUGGAGGCCUUGUAAAGGGUCAGUACUCACUGGUCGACCCCGAUGGCACCAAGCGUACUGUUGAUUACACCGCUGAUGACGUGAACGGUUUCAACGCAGCUGUACGCAAAGACCCCCUCGUCGCUACAUCCGUUGUUUCUGCUACUCCUGUUGUGUCACAAACCGUCGCUGCCCCAGCUGUAGUUGCCUCAGCUCCUGCUGUCGUUGAUGCACGUACAGUUUACGCCGCCUCUUCACCCGUGGUAGCCAGCAAUACUUUUGCACCUGCAUUCUACACAACCUCUCCAGUAUACGGUCGUGCUUACACCCCUACUGUGUACACAUCAUACGCCCCAGGUUUAUACGCCCGCUACUCGACACCCUAUUACUCAAGCUACGUCCCUUCUGCUACAGUCUGGUAAAAUGUUAUUUUCUCGUCUAAAAUGUAUAAAAGCAAUUGAUGUAUUCAUACUUAAAUGUAUUUUAUAAAUCAAUUAAAAAUAAAAACAAAAACA